AUGGACGUUCAGCAGCUCACUCAGCGCAUCGAGCAACUCGGCAUUGCAGCCAGCCCCGCCGCAGCGGGCUCGGCCGGCACCCAGCUCCUCAGCUACUUCUUCACCCCCAAGUCGGGCUCAAAGCACCCUGACAACGCCGAGCAGGACCUCAAGCUUGUCGUGGCGGCCGUCGAGGAGGAGAAGAACCUUGGACCGGCAAAGGCGCUCGCCGCGAGUGUUGGCUUGAAGGACAUGCGCGCGGUCAGCGGCGCAGACCUCGAGAAGCUCCUUGGCAGGACCCGUGACCAGGCCUCUCCCCUCUCUAUCCCGCCCUCGCUCGCUCCCUCGACCCUCCUCAUCACCUCGACCUCGCUCUCCUCCGCCUCCACCGUUUCGAUCCCCUCCCCCUCCGACCCCUCGCAGACUCUCUCGCUCUCGAACGAGGAGUGGCACAAGGCUCUUCUUCAGCUCAAGCAGGAGGGCGUCGCCUUGAAGGAGGCCGAGUUCUUCCUCAAGGGCGUCGAGCCGCCCAAGCCCGCCGCGCAAAAGGCUGCCGGCGCUCCCGCCUCUACCGCGUCGACCUCUGCUGCGGCAGGCCGUGUCGCGCAGGCCGACCUUGAGGGUCAGGCAGGCGUUCAGCUCGGCUUGACUGUCAAGAAGGAGCAGAGCGUCUUCGGCGAUUGGUACCAGCAGGUCCUCAUCAAGGGAGAGAUGCUCGACUACUACGACAUCUCGGGAUGCUACAUCCUCAAGCCCUGGUCGUACGGCAUCUGGCAGGAGAUCCAGACCUGGUUCGACCGCCACAUCAAGGCGCUCGGCGUCAGCAACGCCUACUUCCCCAUGUUCGUCUCGUCGACCGUUCUCGAGCGGGAAAAGGACCACAUCGAGGGCUUCGCUCCCGAGGUCGCCUGGGUCACGCGCGCCGGCAAGUCGGAGCUCGAGGUUCCCAUUGCCAUCCGCCCGACUUCCGAGACUGUCAUGUACCCGUACUACGGCAAGUGGAUCCGCUCGCACCGUGACCUUCCCUUGAAGCUCAAUCAGUGGAACUCGGUCGUUCGCUGGGAGUUCAAGAACCCUCAGCCCUUCCUCCGCACCCGCGAGUUCCUGUGGCAGGAGGGCCACACGGCGUUCCAGACCAAGGCUGAGGCGGACGAGGAGGUUCUCCAGAUCCUCGACCUGUACCGCCGGGUGUACGAGGAGCUCCUUGCCGUCCCCGUCAUCCCCGGUGUCAAGUCGGAGAAGGAGAAGUUCGCCGGCGGUCUCUACACGACCACCGUCGAGGGCUUCAUCCCCACCACCGGCCGCGGUAUUCAGGGCGGCACGUCGCACUGUCUCGGCCAGAACUUCUCCAAGAUGUUCAACAUCACGGUCGAGGACCCGGCCAACCCGGGCGGCGACAAGCUCCACGUCUGGCAGAACUCGUGGGGUCUCUCGACUCGCUCGCUCGGCGUUAUGGUCAUGGUCCAUGGCGACGACAAGGGUCUUGUCCUCCCGCCGCGCGUUGCUCAGCUUCAGGUCGUCAUCAUCCCCGUCGGCAUCACCGCCAAGACGACCGAGGACAUGCGCAAGAAGAUCGAAGACGAGGCGGACCGCAUCGCCAAGGAGCUCGUCAAGCAGGGCUUGAAGGCCAAGGCCGACUUGCGCGACGGUUACACCCCCGGCUUCAAGUACAACGACUGGGAGCUCAAGGGUGUCCCCAUCCGCCUCGAGAUCGGCCCGAAGGACCUCGAGAAGCAGUCGGUCAUGUCGGUCCGCCGCGACAACGGUGUCAAGGGCGCUCUCCCCAUCGCCGACCUCUCGUCUUCCGUCCCAGCCCUCCUCGACCAGAUCCACCACGACAUGCUCAACCGCGCUCGCGAGACCUUCGACAAGUCGAUCGUCAAGGUUGAGGAGUGGGAGAAGCUUGUGCCUGCGCUCAACGGCAACAACAUCGUCGUCAUCCCCUGGUGCGAGGCCGAGAAGUGCGAGGACGAGAUCAAGGACCGCAGUGCCAAGGAGUCCGUUACGGGUGCCGAGGACGAGCGCGCUCCCUCCGCAGGCGCCAAGUCGCUGUGCAUUCCCCACGACCAGGCAAGGUUCGGCAGCGUCGAGGGCAAGUUGUGCCCGAACUGUGGCGAAAAGGCGAAGAGGUGGACCCUGUUCGGCCGGAGUUACUAG